GGAAGGAUAGUGUUUCAUACAGACAGAAUGUAUCAAUUAACGACCUUGAACUUUGACCUUUUGACCUCAAAAUCAAUAGGGGUCUUCCUUAGGCCACAGGGAGUUGUUAUAUAAAAUUUUAUUGCAAAAGCUCAAAAGGUUUUCGGGAUAUCGCGCGGAAACGAAAGUGUCAUAACAGACAGAAUUUGCAAAUUUAUGACCUUGACCUUUUGACCUUUUGACGGUCAAAAUCAAUAGAGUUCCUCUUUAGUCCAUAGGAAGUUGAUUUGCAAAAUUUCAUUGCCAAAGCUCAAAGGGUUCUCGAGAUAGCGUGUGGAAACGAAAGCCUUACAGACAGAAUGACGGACGGACGGACCCAAAUUAAUAUCCCUCACUUUUCAAGCGGGGGACAAUAAAAGCUGCUGCCUCAAAAACAUUGGUUAACUUUAUGCUUAAAAUCACCCUGUAGAUAUACCCAUUGAUUGAUUAACACUUGAUGUUCCAUUUUAAAUAUUGAAGAAAAUAUAGAUACUCAGUGCUUUAAUUUUCUAUUCAAAUGUUCCAUUUUAAAUACUAAGAAAAACAGAUACUUAGUACUUUAACUUUCUAUUAAAGUGUUCCAUUGAUAUUAAUAAAAAUAGAUACUCAUUGCUUUAAUUUCCCAUUAAAAGUUUCUCCUAACAGUUUUUGAGAACUUGCUUUAUGAAAUUGCAAUGUUAUUUUGAUGUUACAGAAUUGUCUUUCAUCAUGUUUCAACUGUUGUGAAAUAAAGGAGAAGGAUGCUAACACAACUGGAGAAGAACCAACCGAAUCAUCCCGCCUUCUUAAGGAGGAGAAAGAAAGUGAUGAACAAAGCAGACGGUCGUACGGAACCCAGAAUGACCAAUCAGAAUACUUCAGCAGGGAGAUACAUGCAGUGCAUGAUGCUCGACGCCAUCUCAACACCGUGACCCAAACAGUGAAAGACCUUAAUGCUACUGCCGAUAGAUUGGAGCAGACUGCUGCAAUGUUUAAUCCAACGUCUCCGAAGCCAAAAAGAAAAAGACGCCGUAUUUGUUUUUAAUAUGUGUUUACAACAUCGUUUUUUAAAUGCC